AUGGCGACCGAAGAGGUUCCCGUCGAGCGAAAAGCUCGCAAGUCAGUUGCAUUCAGCGAAGGCACCACGAUCGUAGAUGAGAACGGCGCAGUCACAAUGAAGGGAGACACCCACGAUGAUUCAAAAGGUACGGCUAUGUCGCACUCAUCUAGUCACGAUGAGGAUGCAGAUGGGAAAGACGAGGACGAUGUCGCGAAUAUGCUCAAGAGUAUGAAGAAGAAGAAGAGCAAGAAACCCAAGGAUGCGGAUGCUGAUGCUGGUGACGCCGAGGCUGGGGAUGGCGGGUUGGACCUUUCCACGAUGAAGAAGAAGAAGAAGAGCAAGAAGCCCAAGGAAGGAGACGAAGAGGAUUUCGCAGCCAGAAUUGCGGCCCUCGAGCUCGAAGGCAAGGAGGGCGAAGCCGAUGAGGAGGCGCCGGUCGAGAAAGCCCCCGUCGAUGAGGGUGAUAUGGAGAAUGGCACUGGGAUCUGGCAACACGAUGAGUCGAAACAAAUUGGAUACGAACUCCUCCUCUCCCGGUUCUUUACCCUCCUCGCACAGAAGAACCCAGAUCACGCCUCGAGCGGCUCAAGAAGUUACAAGAUCCCACCCCCACAGUGUCUGCGUGAAGGAAACAAGAAAACCAUCUUCGCCAAUAUUGCCGAGAUCUGCAAGAGGAUGAAGCGAACAGACGAGCACGUCACUUCGUAUUUGUUUGCUGAGUUGGGCACAAGUGGUUCGGUGGAUGGCAGUAGACGACUGGUUAUUAAGGGUCGAUUCCAGCAGAAACAGAUCGAAAACGUCCUCAGGCGAUAUAUCAUGGAAUAUGUUACUUGCAAGACCUGUCGGUCACCGGACACCGAGCUCAACAAGGGAGAGAACAGAUUGUACUUCAUUACCUGCAACUCAUGCGGAUCUCGACGAAGUGUCACUGCCAUCAAGACCGGUUUCUCUGCCCAGGUCGGCAAGAGAAGAAGACAACAAGGUUAA